AUGAAGUUUAUUGCGUGGUCUGUUAUUCCGUUGGUAAUUUGGACCGGCCUGGUGGCUGGUGGAGAUGAAGCUAUUUUAAAUGUAGAUCGCAUUGAAUUUAGGAAAUUUGGUGUACAUUAUGGUUCUUUUGGACCAAAUUUUAGAUCCAAGAUCGUUACAUCGUACCAAAACCUCCAGAAGGUCAUUUCUCUCAACCAGGUUCUCUGGAAAACAGAUGAUGGAGGUGAUAGAUUUUACCAUUUGCAUGCAUUUUCUGGCAACUGUGCGGAAUUGGUUUACCUCUUUACAUAUCCGGGUAUUGGUGAUUGUAUUCCAACGCUUUAUGGAAGGACAAUACACGGAUGGGUUCUGACUACUGGUAAAGAAUUCAGAGAUGAGUAUUAUGAAAUUAGGAAACUCUUACAACCUUUUGGUGAUAUAAGUUUGGAUAUAUUAAAAGAGUCAGAUAAUGGUAAGUUUUCAGUGGUCAGAAACCACCCUUACGGAGUUGAGUCAAUCGUAUUUACGCCUUAUGGAAAUAGUGUUAUAAAGGAAAUCAAAGUCGGUGAGUCUGUAGUUUGGACUGCGGAAGAGGGUGUAGAAUGUAUAGACGUUUGUACAUUCUUUAGAAAAGGUAAAAUCAUGCUUAUACAUGCAUUUGUCAUGACUUUGGAAACUUGUGAGUUCCGAUAUUUCAAGUUGAUAGAUGACAAAUGGACGCGGGUCGACGAAGAAAGUUACUUUGAGGAUCUCAUGCUCUUUGAAAUAGAGGCGAAUAUGUUGUUGUAUAAUAAAUCUAUGAGGAACGUUCACAAAAAUCUUAGGAGUGGAACCGCCGAAGCUAUUUGUCACAACACCCCGGAACCUGAAGAAAAUAUAUCUGCAACACCAGAAAAGGAUACAAAAGAUGCGGAACACAACACAUUACCUUUGAAUGACUAUCUGCAUACGGCUAUAAAUAUACCGGAAGAAUCAACCGACCCGGAAUUGUUAUCUGUAGAAUUUAAUGUACCCGUAAAUGAGAGUCAAAAUAUUAACAUCCAUUCUGCGGAUUCAAAGGAGAAGUAUGCUUCUCAAAACUUUUACGUAGCACCAGGUGGACCUGGAGUGACCUAUUUAGAACCUGAGGAAAACGAUGAAAGAGCUUGCGCCUCUACUGGAGGAAGAGAAGAACUUAGUGAUGUAGAAUCUGAAGUAGAAAUUGUUAUUCCAGAGACAAAAAAUGAACCUGUAGAAUCUAUUGUGAAUGAUUAUGUCGAAUCAGAUUCUUACGGAUAUUUCAGCAUCGAGUAUCAACAAGGUCGUGAUCAAACAUCUCUGUCUGCAAUACCAUCUAAACUGAGUAAUAAAAUGGCGGGACGUUAUAGGAGCCCUAAUGCACGCACAAGUGAAGACUCAAGAACUCCCUUAACAGAGUACCUCACUCAAGGCCUAUUAUCCCCUACAAACAGUGAUAAUGUAGCAGGAAAUUAUGUAACACUGGCUACAAUUCCAGAGUGCCAAGCUCCGGCAGGUUUAAUGGGAGAAAGUCGAGAGUUUCAGGAGGUACAACCAGAGGAAAUACCUGGAAGAUCUGAACCAACAAUUUCAAAAGUUAAAUCACCAGAAAGUGAGACUAAAGUCACAGUUCCUGUGGUAAAGGAACAAGAAUUUGACCUGAGACAAGCUUUGGAAGAUCCAGAUGAGACAUUGGCCGACCGUCAUAAGACGGAAAGCCCAAAACCUUCGGCUGCGUUCAGUACAUUACAGCAAAACGGUCACGUUAAAAAUGAACUGGGUGAUACUAUGUCUCCAUUUACCGAUGAAGUUGAUUAUUUGGAUCUACCAUCCGCAGUAGACACGUACAACUCUAGGAUGGAUAAGAAAAAAGAUUCAGCCGAAUCCAGUAAACCUGUACAAGAUAUUAACGGAGAGAUGUCAGAGAGUACCUAUAUUGAUCUUUCAAAUCUUUCUCCUGAAAAAGUCAUAAUCCGUGAGGACUGUGAGCUUGGAGUGAAGAUAAAGAGAAUACAUCCUAGGGGUGGCUUAGAAAUCAUACACGUUCUUGAUGAUUCAGAUGUUAUAUGGACUUCAAAGUACGGGGAACUUCUGAAAGCGUGCUAUGAAUAUAGCAGAAGGGGUCAUCUACCGAUACUACAUCUCAAGAAUGACAAGUUUGAAAAUCUCUAUUUUCUAAAGACCACCUCUGGGUGGAAAGUUUCCACCGAAAGAGAGUUUGAUGAGGCUGUUGAAGAAAUGAGAGAUAAAAAUGUCAUUACACCUACUAAAGAGACUUUUGACACGUCAAAAGAUAUUCCAAUCAAGUUGGACAUUGGCAAUGUAAAUCACAACAUGGUGGAAACCAAGGAAACCAUGAUAAACGACUUAAUGCAGUUAAUAUACAUACCACUUCCUGGAUAUAGAAUCGUUGAAAUUGUAGAUGGGCAAAGACCUAUAUGGACCAGCAGCACGGGAGACGAGCACUGCACAAGGGCUUCCAGUUAUUCGAGGGAUGACCAAAUGAUAUGCAUCCAGAUAUUUUGUUUAUCUCCUUCUGGCGAUUACUUUUAUGCCAAAAGGAAUGGAAACUGGGAAGCAAUGUCUCAUGAAGACUACAAAAAACACUUGACCGCGAUAAAGGGCAAAAACUCGAGGCUUAAGGGACAAUCUACCGACUCUGCGCUGGUUUCAGGAAAUAAACUACUCAUUCUACUAUUUGCAGUUUUAGUUGCAGCAUAUUCCAUCGCAUAA